AUGCAGUCAAGCAAAGUACAAAAGCGACGAUGGGAGAAGGAGGAUACAUUGCCACGAAAACGAGCGCGUCAAAGCUGUGAGGCAUGUAAGGCUCGCAAAACAAAGUGUGUUGGUGUCGAGAAUGGCGACUGCCAGUAUUGCAAGUCGCUUAAUGUACCAUGCGAAUUCAAUCUCAAAAAUCGAAAACGACCGUUCUAUAGGGUAUCCGAGGAAGCUUAUGAUUCUUUGAUUAAGCUGGUGCGACGAUUCGUUUCUGAAGAGGAGCUACCGGAGCUCACAGUCGAAAGCAUAAGUGGUUAUUUAGAGCAAAUGAAUAAUGACCCUACUCCGCACGUAUCGCCUAAUGAUAGCGACAGAGAUGCAGACCCUAGCAACACUGUCUUAGCUCUGAACUCUCACGACAAUCCACAAGAGCACGACCUGCAGGAGCUGGUGGUGUCGAACAAUAAUUCACUCUUUCAAGAAGAAAUGGGAUGCAUGACGUUAGAUUCAAUGGGAAAAUAUCGAUAUGUCGGCGCGAAUUCGGCACUUCGAUGGUAUCACGCUACGCGCAUGGUCAGUGAGCGGCCACUCCAUUCAGAUCCACGCGUCAUUGUCCCAUUGAAAACCGGCUUGCUUCCACCAACCACCCCGGAAAGUGUAGCGAGUCAACACCGAGUCGAGCACUACCUGCCAUGUCAUCGGCUAGCUAUGGAGUACACCACACGAUUUUUUGCACAGGCCCAUUCGAUGCAUUGUUUCUACUCGCUAGAACAAUUUUAUACAAUGCUUGACAAAACUUUCGAUGAUCGGGGGAAAACCUCGAGUGCUUCUUGGCUAUGCUCGCUUUACUCUAUUUUUGCGAUCGGGUCAAUACGACCGAAUAGUACGCCAACAACUCCGGGGAAAACUCCCUCGGAUAAUACAACUCCAGCCGGGUAUCUUACACUAGCGAAGGAAUUGGUCCCCCGCGUGGCGGAGGACGCCGAUAUAGAGAGCGUUAGAGCGUUCGCAUUACUGAGCCUAGCGAUGCAUUCAAAUUGCUAUAGUCUCGAGGCGUAUCUGUACCUUGGUACAGCGGCGCGCAUAGGAUUCUCGCUUGGUUUGCACCGCGAUAUAUUCCCAAAGACCGUAUCGACCGUCGAGCGAGAGCGACAUCGGCGAGUAUGGUGGACAGUAUAUGUCCUGGACUACGAGAUGGCAAAUCGGUAUGGGUAUCCAUGUGCUAUUUCCGACGAUCUGGGCUUUGUGACGACAGGUCCUGCCUCUGAACAAAUCCUGGAUCCAUCUCCCAACAUGCCACAGGGCUUCCAGGCGCUGUCGGUUAGUCUUGUGCAGCUCCAGAAAAAGAUCAACCUGGAGUGUUUCUUCCAACCAUCUAAGGGUGGUAGGCUACCUAUCAACCUAGUUACACAGAGUCUGACGACGCUGAAGAAGUGGUUGGAGAAUAUACCUCAUCAUCUGCGUUGGGAUUGCACUGCGCCCCCGCAACAUUCGCGAUCAAUCGCUGUUCUUCACUUGCGGUAUUGGGCAUUAGUGAUGUCGAUCUCACGUCCCUUUUUGUUACUCUCAUUAAGAAAAGCUGGGGAAAUCGACUCCCUUAUCAGGCUCAGAUGUUAUGAUAAGCUUAGCAACGCCUGCAUUGAAGCGGCAGAGAUGUCAGUCCGCAUAUUGCAUCGUAUGCAAACCAUGAAAAUAUUGUCGAGUUUGACAUUGAAUGACUGCCAUUGCGCAGGUGACGCUAUGUGUGUUCUCGUGCUGGCACUUCGGAAGGCCCAUAGUGCUAAGCAUCAGGAUAUGAUACGGAAUUGUCUUGGUACCUUGGCCAGCAUGGAAAAGGUCGGGUGGUGUGAGAGAAUCGCACCUGAUAUCCAGGCAGUUUUGUAUGAGAGCGGCGUGCUGGAAUUGGAGGCCCCGACGGGGAUUCAGGAGCAGAAUGUGCUCUCAGAUGGAUCGGGGAGCUCGGAAUAUGCGGAAUUCGACUUUGAUGUUUCCCAAUGGGAUUUGUUCCAGCCACAAGGCCUCGAUUCCUUCUCCCAGUUGAUGAACACAUUUCCGGAUAACGCAUUUGCAGUUGGCAUGGAGCGCUUGUUUUGA